AUAUAUAUAUAUAUAUAUAUUUAUAUAUAUAGACAUAUAUAUCAGUGCAAGGUUUACGAAACCUCCCACGCCACAAGUGCCUUGUAAUUAAUAAGAGGUAAAAAAAAAAUACGCGAUGGCGGACGAGGGAAAUGAAAAUGGUACCAGCAACGGCGAAGUUCCUGAAAUUGAAUUGAUAAUUAAGGCUUCAACAAUUGACGGAAGAAGAAAAGGCGCAUGCCUAUUUUGUCAGGAAUAUUUUAUGGAUCUAUAUUUACUUGCUGAAUUAAAAACAAUUUCUCUAAAAGUAACGACAGUUGAUAUGCAAAAACCACCACCAGAUUUCCGUACUAAUUUCCAAGCAACUCCACCGCCAAUUCUUAUCGAUGGUGGCGACGCUAUUUUGGAAAAUGAAAAAAUAGAAAGACAUAUUAUGAAAAAUAUUCCAGGUGGUCAUAAUCUUUUUAUACAAGACAAAGAAGUCGCUACACUUGUUGAAAAUCUUUUCAGUAAACUAAAAUUGCUUUUACUUAACGCUAAGGAAAAAGACAAGGAUCCAAAGUCAUCAUCGCUAAUGGCGCAUUUACGUAAAAUAGAUGAACACUUGGGUCGCAAAGGAACGCGUUUUCUUACCGGCGAUACCAUGUGCUGCUUUGACUGUGAAUUGAUGCCACGUUUGCAGCACAUCAGAGUUGCUGGGAAAUACUUUGCAGACUUUGAAAUACCCGAGACAUUAGUAAAUUUGUGGCGAUACAUGCAUCAUAUGUACAGACUUGAUGCCUUCUUGCAGAGUUGUCCGGCAGAUCAGGAUAUUAUUAAUCACUAUAAGCUCCAACAGAGCAUGAAAAUGAAAAAACACGAGGAACUCGAAACGCCGACUUUCACCACGAGCAUCCCCAUCGAGGUCAACGACGACUAAUUUUUUUUUACUUACAUAAUUAUCUACGACCGUGACUAUGAUUUAUUUAAAAAGUUUAUAAAAGUAAACAUUUGAAAUUAACAGAAGAUUUAUUUAAAUUUUUAAAUAGCAAUUAAAAAUGGCGGUAAAAAUUUUAACUGUCGGCUUUUUAUAUUAUCAUAAAUAAUAUAUUGCGAGUAUGUUAUCUAUUAGAUAUUAAAAAAAAAAAAAAACUUUUCUAUU